AUGACAAAAGAUAUCAAUCUCAGUCAAACCCAAAGAGGUAAGUCAACUCAUAAAUAUGAUAAUAUUCAUAAAAGACAUAAACAUAAGAAUAGUCGAUAUCAUAAAUGCUUUCAAAAUUAUUAUCAUGCUUAUCAAUAUUUAAAACCAAAUCCAACUUAUAUUCCUCAUAUUAAAACAUCAGUCAAUCAUUGGCAAUUAAGAGAUUUAUUACAAUAUGAUUCAGCUUUGAAUUUGAUCUAUUAUACGAAAUCAGAUUCAAUCUAUAGUUAUGAUUUAAAUACUAAUACCAUAUCAAAUCAUUGUAAAUUGAAUUAUUAUCCCAGAUGUUUUAAUCAUUCUGAUAAUGGAAUAUUAGUAAGUGGAGGUUUAUUAAAUAGUUCAUCUAAAUUAUUUUCAAUGAAUAUUGAAAAUUUAUCAGUUACAAGUCCAACUUCAAUAUCAAAUUCACCUCGAAAAAUUACCAAAGGUUUAUUUUCAUUUCAUAAUUCAAAUUUAAAUAUUUCAAAAAGUGUAAGAUUAGGUGAAAUGAUUAAUAAUGGUGUUACCAUUUAUCCAUCAUCUUCAAAUUCUUAUAAAUCUUAUGUAUGUAAUAAUGAUUCAUAUUUAUAUGGGGUUGAUAUUCAUAAUAAUGAUUCGAUUAAAAUUAUGAAUAAAUUCAAUUUAGAAAUAAAUACUUGUUUAAAUAAUGUCAUUCAAAAUCCAAGAUCAGAUAAAAUCCUAACUAUCACCGGUGAUUCAACUUCAAUCUUUUUAGUUGAUCCUACUAGUCCAAAUCCAAAUAUUAAAACUAUUAAAUCAGGUCAUGAAUCAGGGUUUGGUAUAAGUUAUCAUAAUAAUGGUUAUUUAUUCUCAACCGUAUUUCAAGAUGGUACCUGUUUAUUAUAUGAUUUAAGAAAUAUGUCUCAUAAUAAACCAUUAAUUGAUAUAAAAUCAACUCGUCAAGGUCAUCAAUCAGGAGCAUUUAGAGUAUGUAAAUUUUCACCUCAAAAUGAUAUGAAUGAUUUAUUAAUCAUUCUGGAACAUGUGGGUAGAGUUCAUUUAAUUGAUUUAAGAAAUUUAAAUUAUGAUAAUGUUGAUGAUCAUCAAGUUUUAGUUGUUCCUUAUGCUUUAGAACAAUUUGGUGAAUUUAAAAAUAAUGUUAUGGGAAAUCCCCCUCAUCAUAGUAUUGAUGGUGAAUCAGACAAUGAUAAACGAAAUUUAAUUGAUAUUUAUGAAAAUGUAAAAUCAAAAUCUUCAAUAUCAAGAAGAAAAUCAUCAUCAUCAAGUUAUUAUUCAACCAGUCCAAAUUCAAAUUCAAAUUCAAACUCUCCAGUGAAGAAAUCAUAUCAACCAUCAAAUUCUUCAAGUUCACCAUUUUCUUUCCCAUCACCAUUAGUAUAUGAUUAUGAUUAUUUAACUAAUGUGAAUCCAAAAUUAUUUAAAGACUUUAUUUACGUUCCUCCUCCUCCGCCACUUCCAGCAGAUUCUGUAAAGAAUCAAUCUAAUUAUGAUUCACAAUCUGUCUUCAUCAAUCCAAAUUGGAAUCCAAAUAAUAAUAAUAACGAUUAUUCUCAACCACCACCAUCUCAACAACGUAGUUCAUUUUCAGAAAGUGAAGGAAACAAUGAUAGUAAAUUACAUCCAAGAAAUAUACCAUACAUUGAUUAUGAUGACGAUGAUGAUCUUGAUGAUGAAGAUAAUUAUGGUGAUGAAGAAGAUGAAGAUGAAGAGUAUUAUGGUUCACAUACAGAUGGAGAAGAAGAAGAGUAUAAUACAUUAUACAAUAGUGAUCAUCAAUUCCAAUAUCCAAAUUCAAUUCCUACGCAAGCAUCUACUUCAAUGGAUAGUUAUGCUAAUUAUUCAAGUGUAAAUAGUACUAACAAUUGUGAUGAUUCAUUCCAACAAUCAAUUAAUCAUAUUCAUGGGGAGAUGGAAUUAUCCGGAAUUGAGUUUUGUAAUUCUCAAUCUAAUAAGAAUUCAAAGAUAUUAAUUGGAUGUCAAGAUGCUGGUAUUGUGAUGUGGGAUAUAAAUAAUUCUGCUAGAAGAAGUUUUGGUAGUUUUGAUUAUGUUUAA